AUGUUGGCACUGGCCUACCUUCACGAGAACAAGAUCGUGUAUCGGGACGUCAAGCCAGAGAACAUACUCGUCAGCACAUUGAAUGAGGCCAAGUUGACGGACUUCGGGCUCGCGAAGGUGGUGACAUCUGCAGAGAGGAUGACGAUGUGUGGAACCAUGGGCUUCCUCUCACCGGAGCUGACAGGGGUCGGUGCCGUCCUCUCGACAGCUUCGCUGAUGAGCUCCGAUGCAUCAGGCGUGGACAGCGAGGUCUUCAACCCCUUCAAGACAGAUGC